GCUAGUCGAGUGCGGAGCGCGCUCGUGGCCGCUUCCCAAACUGACGGUUCCUCCUGGUUCCUCUUCCGGGUUACCGAAAAUAUGAUCAGUUGAAUUGAGUGUCGUGUCACUUGUGUCUUCAAUAAGUGCGUAAUUAACUCAUCAACACUCUACACAUCCAGAACUAAUACACAAUGCCGAUAGGCAGCGUCAAUAAGGAACCGGCAGUCAAGCGGGAGACCUUCAGACCACCAUGGGUGAAGGAUAAGGACGCAACAGCUCCGCCACCAUGGACUCAGAGGAAAUUGAAACCAGUGGAGACUGCAAAGACAGCAAAGGCUGACGGUGAGGCGCAACCAACUCCGGCCCCAGCAGCAAAAGCACUGAAGCCCGUUUUAAAAAAACAGUCGACAGUAAAAUCUGAAAAACCAGAAAAUGGCGUAUCUGAGACAGUCGAAGAAAAGCUUGUAAAACCGUCAGCAGCGAAAUCCGCUGACAAGGCGUCAAGACCAGCAGAUGAAAAACCUAGAUUUACAAAAUCUUCAUUAAGAUCAGUCGAUAAGUCACCUAAAACUGAAGAUAAAAACUCAAAUGAGAAGGCUCCAGAGAAACCUGCACUUAGGAGUGUGAGAACAAUUGAUGGUGAUAAAACGAAAGAUAAGUCAGUAACAAUCGUAGAUAAGAAACCUUUUGAGAAAAAUGGUACAUCAAAAACAAAUAAUACUGUAGGAAAUGUUAAAAGUCCAAAUGACAAAAGUGUUACAAACUCAACAAGCAAAACUUCAGAGACAAAGCCACUUCUUAAGAAAACUGAUACAACCAAAGUAGAAGAGAAGGACGACUCAAAAAUGGCGACGAAGCCACCAAUCGAAAAACCUACUACAAAGUUGCCUCCGCGCAAGCCAUCCCUUGUAAAGCAAGCAUCAAAGGAUGAACCAGUCAAGAAAUGGAGGGAUCCUCUACACGAACGGGUCAAGGAAAACAUUGAUAAGACACUUAAUGAAGUUCCUAAAGGACAUACGCUGACAAAGAAUGAAAGUUUAAGAAGCUUGUUGAAACCAACGCCACCACCAAUGCCGCCACCACUGCCACCGAAAAUGCCUCCUCCACCCGAGUUCAAAAAAGGUCCAUUAGAUCCAGAAAAGUUGAAAAAGUUGGAAAGCCUGCGAAGCAGACCUAGAAAGCGGCCUGACUGGAGUGACAUGAUGAAAGAAGUAGAAGAUGGCAAAAAAUUGAAACACGUCGUUUGCAAUGACAGAUCAAGCCCAAUUAUUACAAAAACAUCAGUAGUAAAAAAUAAAGACCAAUUUAUAUUUGAAUCGGAGAAACCAAACUCACACAACGCUCUAUUAAAACAAAUCAAUCAGGGCAUUAAGCUAAAGAAAACUAAAACAAAUGACAGGAGCAAACCUAAUUUGGAAGGUUUAAGGAAGUUUAGAAGGCAAAUGACUAUUGAAGAACAGGUUCAAAAGUCCAUGUCUCAAGCUAAUCUAUUAGCUUCGUCUCCUUCGGGAGUCUCAAUAGCAGGAGGAGUAGCAGAGGUCCCUGGUGCAGAAGAAGAAGAUAUCGAUGAGAUGGAUGAUAUUGAUAAAGUCAGAGACGACCUUCAAUCAACAAAACAAUUGCUGGCAAUUGAACUUAGGAAUAAAGAAGCUCAAGAAAGGGAAAAUAAACGACUGCUGACGAAGAUACAAAAUCUCGAAGCUGAAUUGGCAAGAGAACGUGCAAUUAUAAAACAGGAACAACAUAAGACGGUUAUAUCAGUAACAGAUGCUUACGAUGAGAGACUGGUGAACAGCCUUAAAAUGGAAGUAGAUAGGGCUAAAGACACAGCAGAUAACUUGGAAAAGCAAUACCUGCAAGCCGCAGAAGACAGGGACACGGCACUAACAGAACUGGAGGAAUUAAAACGAAAGAAUUCAGAAUUAGAAAAGAAAUUAGAACAAGCACUACAGGGUAUAAUGCCUACAAGCAUGGGUUCAAGGAGAUCAAGUCACGCAAUCAAACAGCUUUCGGUUACCAGAGACGACAGUUUCGAGGAGGAAGAGGAAUCAGAGCCAGAAGAGGAGGAGAGCGAAGAAAAGAAACAAAAGCGAAUGGAAAAAGAAGUACGCAAUAUGAAAAACAAAAUCCAACACCUAAAAGAAAAACAGGACCUUAUGAAACGCGAAAGAAUGGCUUUCAAAAUGUCCCUGAAAAACCAACAACUGGCGUUGAAAGACGAGAAGAAGAAAUACAAAGAAUUAAAGCGCGAAGUAGACAAAAUGGCAGCCAUGAUGAAAGAAGUGGGCUCAGACGAGGAGGAGGAGGAAGAGGAAUCAGAGGAAGAGGAGGAGGAGGAGAAGAGUGAAACCGAAGAGGAGACUGAAACUGAGACCGAGCAGGACACAGAGAGCGAAACGGAGAGUGAGAGUGAACCUGAGGACGCUCCAUUGCCGAAAAAGAAGGACAACCUCUCGACAAGGCUGAAGCGACACGAGAGCAGAGUGACCGCUCUAAAGAAAGGCAACGCUCUCCUGAUGGCUAAUGUGGACAGACUGAAGGAUGACGUACUGAAGCAGAGAGAAGAAUCCAUGACACUCAAGAAUGAACUCGACUCUCUUAUUAGCGAACUUGGCUAAUGGGGAAGGGUCUGC